CGCCACAUAGCUUAGAAUGUUAGGACCGGGCCUCGAAAAGAAAACUUUGCCCACUCCUAGAGUACGGUGUAAACUAAGCAGUGUUGAUGUUUGACAGGUUUAUGUACAACCUACGAACAUCGCUAAGAGAAAGCAGAAACAACGUUUGACAGUCCUGGUACAAUCUGAGAGGUGACCAGACAGACAUGUACCAUUAUCCACCUUCUGCUUUACUACAGCCACAAGAUGAUUGCCGGAGGGAAACAGAAAAAGGAGAAAGAGUUUCUGGAGGUGGGGGCCGGAUCAAACUUUACAAACAUGCACUGACUGAUUAUCAGGCUGCUUUCCUUGCAGAAACAGGAAAUUCUUUCCAACUUCAAGAGAUCAAGAAGAAGACAGGAGCCAAUGUGGAAAUCGACCUUAACCGGUCACCUGUACCAGGUAUGAAGAUCGUAACCAUCAGCGGCGUUCCAUCACAGAUAGAGGUGGCAGUCAGCCUCAUCAGUCAGAUAACUGGAGGAAAGGGAAAUCUCUCAGAAGAAGCCCAGACAUUCUGGCUCCAGUGGGUUGAGGCGGCAUUCCCUAAUCUCAGUUCUCAGGCCUACUUCCUGCCUCCUGUUUACUUCAACCGCGUGCCCAUGACUAGAGAUUCGAUAGCUGGUCAGGAUGUUCUCGUUCUGAGGUCAACACCUAGACAACUUGGUAAAAUUAAACGGUUGGCUGAAAGUAUGGGAAAUUUACUAACAUCAUCCACAUCACCAAAGUCACUAAAACAACAGAAUUUAAUGUUCAAGCAGACAGUUAUGAUUCCAUCUUCAGUGUCUCACACUUCCAUUCCUCAAUCUCCUUUCGUACAGGACAGCGAUGUUAGAGAUGAUGCAGCCAUGCAGCGAGUUCUUUUUUCUCUUCAGAGUUUAUCAGAAAAGACCCAAGAGGUCUUAGUUGGACUCACUCACCUUCGUUUCGGACAGUACCUUGGUGAACCUUGUUUCUCUGUCGCGGCUGCACACCUGCCUCGACACGCCAACCUUCCUCCUGAUCUGCCACAGAACUGGAAACAAGGAGACUUUGAUGUUCUUCUUAUUCACCGACAUUACGGUUUUAUCACGUGUGCAGUUAAGGCUUUUGGUGAUAACUUUCAGGAAAUCGACCUGCCAAAGAAGGAGAUGGAGAAUAAUAUUAGGAGGAAAUUGAAGGAAGCCAUUGCGCAGCUGAGCAAGGAGGAGGCAAUGUUGUCUCACCUGGUGUCUGACAUCGCUCCCGGUCUGCGCAUCACUAAGACCAUCGCACUUCCUAACCUCACGGUUCAUCAGGUACAACAGGCCAUCUCCGAGGACUUUAAGCUGAAAGAGGACCUGUGCGGAUGUCUGGGAACAGCAGACCCCGCCAACAUCCCAGGUCUGUGUCUGUGCUGUGAUCAGUUGUCUGACCCCAAGACCCCGUGUGACGUCAGUAGUCACGUGCUGAGGGAACUCGGACACUGGUGGCAGCGACGUGUGGGGCUGGACCUGACCCUCACAUGACCAGUGACAUGUACAAACUAUUAGUGGCAAGGUAUAAAAUGUUUUUGCAGUCAGUUGUUUUCAACGACUAAUAAUAAAACCUGUUUUUGUAUACAGAUGUCGUGUUUACCUUAGUGGUAAGACAGUUCAGUACUACAUGCUAUUUGGUUUACCAGGUUCUGCGGUCCGGCGACAACAGUGAGUGUGCCAUGCACAUGUCCUCCACGUGUGAGUGUCAAGACCCUGGGUCAGGC